CUUCUCUCACAUUCAAUUAAAAAAUUACAGGGGAGAGAGAGACGACGGAAAUUCCAGAGCUGCAAUGGCAGAGAACCACCACGGAGUCGCAUCUCAGUAGCAGCGGGCCACCUUCUCACUACUCUCUGCUUCGUCUUUUUUCCCUUCCUUCCCCACAGCAAUACUUCUUCCCCAAAACUCUCUUCCUUAACGCCAUUAUAAUAGUUUGUCGUUGUAGUUGUUGCAGCUAUUUAGUGGGCACCCAUUAUCCCUUCCCCACCAUUCAACCAGCACAGUCCAUGCGGCCUUCCUUCCUGAUACGCAAUCCAAUUUGCUCUGCUUCACAAUCCGCCAUACCUUUCCCUCCAAAUCUUUCCGCCCAUUAAUCAAUUUCAUUACUGUUCCUCAUCUCCUCGAAUCUCCCGAAACCCGUCCUCGAAUCCGUAGUAUUUAUUGCCCGCCCUUCCUUUCUAGUCAAUUCCCUUCUCAUCUCUCUCUCUGUCGGUCUCUCUCUCAGCUCUUUCGCUUGGUCGUGUGGCCUGUUGCUGUAGUUUCUCUUCUCGGGGAGGAAGAGCCCAUGGCGAUUGCAGCAGCUGUCAUCGUCCCGUUGGGGGUUCUCUUCUUCUUUUCCGGUCUAGCCGUCAAUCUCUUUCAGGCAGUUUGCUUCGUUCUCAUUCGGCCGCUAUCAAAGAGCACUUACAGAAUCAUCAACAGAGCCGUUGCCGAGUUACUAUGGCUGGAGCUCGUUUGGAUCGUCGAUUGGUGGGCAGGGGUUAAGAUUGAAUUGUACACUGAUAGUGAGACAUUCCGCCAAAUGGGUAACGAACAUGCACUUGUCUUGUGCAACCAUAGAAGUGACAUCGACUGGCUUGUUGGAUGGGUUUUGGCACAGAGGUCGGGAUGCCUUGGCAGUGCCUUAGCUGUUAUGAAGAAGUCACUUAAACUCCUCCCGGUCAUAGGCUGGUCCAUGUGGUUCUCUGAAUACCUAUUUCUGGAGCGAAACUGGGCGAAGGAUGAGAGCACGUUAAAACUUUAUCCUGUUCUGAUUGUUGUGUCAUUCUACCUGCAGUCAGGUAUCCAGCGGCUACGUGACUUUCCUCGGCCCUUUUGGCUGGCUCUUUUUGUUGAAGGAACUCGUUUUACACAGGCAAAGCUCUUAGCUGCACAGGAGUAUGCAGCAUCAGCUGGAUUGCCUGUCCCUAGAAAUGUGUUGAUUCCUCGUACUAAGGGCUUUGUUUCUGCAGUAAGUAAUAUGCGAACAUUCGUGCCAGCCAUUUAUGAUGUGACUGUGGCUAUCCCAAAAAGUUCACCUCAACCAACUAUGAUCAGACUGUUCAAGGGCCAGUCAUCUGUGGUUCAUUGCCAUCUGAAGCGGCACUCCAUGAAGGACCUGCCUGAUACAGACGAUGCUGUUGCACAAUGGUGCAGGGAUUUGUUUGUGGCCAAGGAUGCACUGCUAGACAAGCACGAUGCUGAUGGUACAUUCACAGACCAAGACUUAGUAAAUAUGGGCCGACCUAUCAAGUCUCUUGUGGUUGUCACUUCAUGGGCAUCUUUACUCGUCUUUGGAACCUUGAAGUUCCUUCAAUGGUCCUCCCUUCUAUCCUCCUGGAAGGGUAUUGCCAUAUCUGCAGCUUGUCUGGCCAUCAUCACAGUAUUGAUGCAGGUCUUGAUUCGAUUCUCUCAGUCUGAGCGUUCUACCCCUGCCAGAGUUGCUCGGAAAACGAGGCCCCAGAAUCAAGCGGGAGGAGAGCUUUCAUCGGAUGCUGCUGCAGAACGUAACGGGCACUGAACUCAGCCAAUCUGUUGAGUGCCCCCUGGACUUUACUGUUUUAUGGUUCUAAACUAGGGUAUGUUUCGAGUUUUUCUACUUUGAGAACUGUGAAUCGUUUUGUUGUGGUGCUCUGCUGGUUAGUUAGCAACAUAUACAAUAGAACCUAAAGAAGAGAACACAAAAAAAAAAAAAAAAGGGCUGGGUCGAUGGAUUAUUGGGCAGUGAAAUAGGGCAAAUUGCUGUAGAUUGUAUCUCUGAGAUUUUAAAGUCCAGAAUGUAUGUAUCCGUGCUCAAUUUAGGCAAACAUCAUUCUGCCCUUUUUUAGCCUUAAUUUCCCUUGAGCUGCUGCACUUACAUUUGUAAGCUUUUAAAGCAGAUUCUUGAAUUGGACUGGGUGUAUCACAAGAGCAUCAAUGUAUUCACUUGUGAAUCAAAACAAUUGGGUUACCUGAU